UUAAGGAAGUCCACCCAUUUGUCUGAUCGCACUUUGUUUCGUGGUAGCAGCACAGUUAAAACACUGCAGUAAUCCAGCAUUCAACAUUAAGAACUUUAAAUGGAGACAUUAUACAGUGUUCUUGGCUUUGAGUGGAUAGAUGGAAGGAGCAUUUUAAUAUUUCUCUGUGUUUUCCUGCUGUUGAAUAAUAUUUGGCAGAACAGAGUGCCGAAGAACUUCCCACCUGGACCGUGGGCUCUCCCGCUUCUCGGUGACAUUCAUCGCAUCAGACCUGACAGAAUACACCUGCAGUUCAGAGAGUUUGUAGAGAAAUAUGGAAACAUUUUCACCAUCAGAAUCUUUGGUGGAAGAACCGUGGUCAUUAAUAGCUACAAGUUUGUGAAAGAAGCCCUGGUCCAACAAGGAGACGACUUAAUAGAUCGUCCCACCGUACCACUGUUUGAAGAUUUAUUUGGGAAUGAAGGUCUUGUGAUAUCAAAUGGUUACCCAUGGAAGCAGCAGAGGAGAUUUGCUCUUCAUACACUCAGAAACUUUGGUCUGGGCAAGAAGAACCUGGAGUUAUACAUCCAGCAGGAGUGCCAGUAUCUCUCAGAGGCUUUCACAGAACACCAAGGAAAGCCAUUUAAUGUCCAGCUACUGAUAAAUAAUGCUGUGUCAAAUAUCAUCUGCUGUUUGGUGUUUGGGAAUCGAUUUGAGUACACUGAUCAGCAGUACCAGUCUAUUCUUCAUAAUUUCAAUGAAGUUAUGCGCUUACAGGGAAGCAUGUCGACACAGAUGUACAACAUAAUUCCCUGGCUGAUGAAGUGGCUACCUGGACCUCAUAAGACAAUGUUCACUCUGACACAAGUGAUAAAGGACUUCAUAGAUAUCAGGAUCAAAGACCACAAAGAAACCCUUGACCCAGCGUCACCGAGAGACUAUAUUGAUGCUUUUCUUAUAGAAAUGGCAAAGAACGAGGAGAACGAGGAGAACGAUUCAAGUUUUUCUCUCAGUACCUUACACGCUUGCACCAUGGACCUGUUUUUUGCUGGAACUGAAACUACUACCACUACUUUACGUUGGGGGUUGCUUUACAUGAUCUACUACCCUGAUAUACAAGAGAGAGUUCAAGCUGAGAUCGAUGCUGUGGUCGGUUCGUCCAGACAGCCCUCUGUGAGUGACCGAGAAAACAUGCCCUAUACUGAUGCUGUCAUUCAUGAGAUUCAGAGAAUGGCCAACAUCAUUCCUCUCAAUGUGCUUCGUAUGACAAACAAGGAAACUACAGUGGAUAAAUACACAAUCCCAAAGGGUACCAUGAUCGUGGCUACUCUGGACUCAGUCUUACAUGAUGAGUCAGUGUGGGAAACUCCACACUCUUUCAACCCUCAACACUUUCUGGACAAGGAUGGUAAAUUUCGCAAGAGAGAUGCUUUCCUUCCAUUUUCUGCAGGUAAGCGUGUGUGUCUUGGAGAACAGCUGGCCAGGAUGGAGUUGUUUUUGUUUUUCACCUCCCUCCUUCAAAGGUUUUCUCUUUCGCCACCUGCUGGAGAGCAGCCCAGUCUGGAGUUCCAGUUGGGGGGCACACGCUGCCCUAAACCUCACCGCCUCUGUGCUGUACCGCGUUAAGCCAUCAGCUAUGACAAACUGAAAACAUCUGUUUUACAUCGCAUUAUCUAUAUCUGCUAAAUAAUUUCACUUUACAGCAUGAGUAUCUUAUAAUUUGUAUUUUUUCUUCUUCUUCUCACCAUGGAGACCUUUUCACUGAACCAUUCAGUCUACUGUAUUCAACAAGUAAAAGUGUAAAGGUUUACAAUAUUAAACUACAACUUUUUAAGAGAUCUCAUUUGACUGCCUAUGCAUAGAGUAGAGUUCUCUUUUUUCACCUACGUACCCUACUGCGUAGUACCUUCACUGUUUUUCUUUACGGUACCUGUUCUGACCUGGGCUUCAUCAUCAAGCAAAAGUUAACAAUGACUUCUUCUUUUUUUCUGUUUGCUUUGAUGGUGACAAAUUUUUGAAGGUGUUCUGCUAAAAGUGUUAACCCAUCUCUUAGAUUUCCCAAUUUCUUUAAGAACAUAACAAAUCACUUUUUAUUCUACAGUAGACUCUAUAUGAUGUAACCUAAUGAGCAGGUUGCUUGAAUUUGUAAAAUUUGUAAAAAGCAGGUUGCUUUUUCAAGCAACUUAAAGAAGUCCAGACGCUUUUCUUUGCAAGCUCCUUUGACUAAUGAGCAGGUUGAUUACCAACAAUCUCUUGUCACUCUUAAAAAAAGGGCCUUUAAAAUUCCCAAACUGUUUUGAGAAGUAUAUAAGUUUAUGUUUAUUUGGAUAUCAAAGGGAUGCAGACAAGCCAUGUAAAGUAGGUGGUGACACCACUCAUACUUUUCAAUUAGUAUGAGUGUUUUUAUUUUUCAUACCACUGCUUGUUAUAAAAUGCACAAUGUCAUAAAUAAAUGGACUUUCUACAUAUGCUUGCCUUUUUCAUUAUGAACUUGUAUGAGCGGUGUCACUUUUAGUGUUUGCCUUGGCAGAGGGAAGUAAUGGACUGACAGCUAUCACUGACAGAUUGUAAUCACCCUACCUACAGAUUGUAAUCACCCUACCUCAAUUGUUAAAUAAAGUUAUGUGGAAACA